AUGGGCAAUUUGUUCAACGAGCCAGCUCUUGCGUUCGUCCUUUAUGAAAUCUUUCUUUCGCCUCCCUUCUACAUCACCCCAACUGUAUCCGCCCAGACGCCCACCACGACAAACACCCCAUACACACAUCCAAGCCCCAUCGAGAAAGGGGAGGAUGAGGAGGCCACGACACCGAACAUCUCAGGAGAGGUCAACGAUGUAAAGAUGGAUGCGGUUGGCGGCUACCCCCGCCACAAUCACCAACGCGAGAACAGGGCCAAUUGUAAUUUUGAGGAUAAAUUCGCCCAAAUCUCCAUCGUUCCCAGAUCUGUUGCUACCUUGAGUGGCCGCGUGUUAGUUGACCACCUCUCGUUCACCGACUCUUUGGUAGCCUUUGAAGACGAAGUGAUUGUUCAUUCGGAAUUGAUUUCUACGUACAACGGUGACGGAAGUUGUGGGCGGUUUGGCGGGCUGCUGUCGCGGGCUGCGCUCCUCGCCAGCGAGUGUUUAGGUAAUGACUCAGGCCAUUGGUUUCGUUGCGGCUUGAGAAGAAUCUCGUAG